AUGAGCACAUAUCCACCUGGAUACCGUAUUGCGCUGGCUGUCGGCCUGAGUGGCGCAGCAUGGCUGUCUGGCAACAUUGCUGCUCUCAGUCUAAUCGCCGUCCCAGCAUUGGCCAAUGCUCGAGAGGAGAAGUCAGUACCGCCAGGUACAGUCGUCAAGUUGUGGAAUAAAAUCUAUGAUGCCGGCAAGUCCCAGAAUCCGCCGGUUGCGGCUAUCACGGCGGCCGCAUUCCUCUACCUCGCCUGGUCCGUCCACCCCGGCGUCCCCACGACGUACAAUCUGGCUGGGCUUUAUACCACGGCUGCUGUUUUGACUGUGAGCAUUGUGCCGUACACUAUCCUCACGAUGCGACCAACCAACAAUGCCCUUAUCAAGCUGGCCAAAUCCCGAGGCGAGCUGACAGCCACUGAAGUGGCUCAGAGCAACGAUCUUCUCGGCCGAUGGGUGGUGUUGAAUGGCAUCCGGAGUCUCCUGCCCCUGGUUGGUGGGGUGGUGGCCAUCACAGCGGCUUUCUUUUAG